AUGGAACUGCCAAAUCAUGCCAAACAUUUGCUCCUGCAGCUUAACCAGCAACGAGCCAAAGGUUUCCUUUGCGACGUGAUCAUUGUUGUCGAAAAUGCCCUCUUCCGUGCCCACAAGAACAUCCUGGCAGCCAGCAGCAUGUACUUCAAGUCCCUCAUCUUGCACGACAACCUGAUCAACUUAGAUACUGACAUGGUCAACCCUACCGUGUUCCGGCAAAUCUUGGACUUUAUUUAUACUGGGAAGCUCUUAAUGACCGACCAGCCCGGGGAACAGAACUUCAACGCUCUCCUCACCGCAGCAAGCUACCUCCAACUUCCUGACCUGGCGGCCCUUUGCAGGAAGAAGCUCAAACGCAGCGGGAGGUCCUUCACUGGCCGGGCUGGUGGAGCCUCCAGCGUUGGGCGGCCGCCUCGGAGUCAGAGACUUGCCACCGCUUCCGUCAUCACUCGUUAUUCAGGGUCAACCGAAGGGAUGAAGGGCUCUCAGUCGAAGGAGAUGCCAAAGGCGAAGGUCUCAGGUGAUGAGGUCUUCAUGAACAGUUCCAACCAAGAGAAUUCCCACGCCUUGAGUAGGGGCCUGGGAGAGGGGAGUAACAGCACCAACGGGAGCUGUGUGGACCAGGAACUUGGGCUGGAUCUGUCCAAGAAAAGCCCCUCCCUGCCCACUGCAGCCCCCCAAGACGAACCCCCACACAGCGAGAGUCAGCGUGGCUCCCCCCGGCCUGCCUCAGCCCCCACAGCCAACAGUGCCUCAUCGUUCGAAGAUGCCACCUCUGGAGCCCCUCCCGCCCUAAUAGACAACUGUGAGCCCAUGGAAACGGAUCUGAACGAAGACCGCCAGUCUCUGCCCGAAGGCAGCCAGCGGAAGAGCCUACGCCAUUCCUCGCGCAAGAAGGAGUGGAUCAAGAAGGAUUGCGCCUUUGACCGGAAGGAGGGCGGGGGCAAAGGCUGCGAGGAGGGCGAGGGGCUGCCCAACGGCAUCCUGAUGGGCCCCUUGUGCAAGUCCGCGGAGCGCAGUCUAGGCUUGAGCCCCUAUGGGCCGGAGCCGCCGUUGCACGCCUGCAAAGAAGACGUGGAGAACGGCAAGGAGAACAGCGAGGACAGCGGGCAGAGCGAAAGCGAGAACGGCGGUCACAGCAGCGCCAACUACGUCUACCGUCAGGAAGGCUACGAACCCGUCGCCUUUGGGGACAACUUGUACGUCUGUAUCCCGUGCGGGAAGGGUUUCCCCAGCUCGGAGCAGCUCAACGCCCACGUGGAGAAACACACGGAAGAAGAGCUGUACAUCAAGGAGGAAGGGACGUUUGAUGAUAAAGAAGAAGAGGCCGAGGAUCUAUCGAACCCCAACCAGCCCUACGCCUCGGAAUCGCGGCCGUUCAAGUGCUCGGUCUGCGAGAAGAGCUACAAAGAUCCGGCCACUCUCCGGCAGCACGAGAAGACUCACUGGCUGACGCGCCCCUUUCCGUGCAACAUCUGCGGCAAGAUGUUCACCCAGCGGGGCACUAUGACUCGGCACAUGCGCAGCCACUUGGGACUCAAGCCCUUUGCCUGCGAGGAGUGCGGGAUGCGCUUCACCCGGCAGUACCGGCUGACCGAGCACAUGCGCGUCCACUCAGGGGAAAAGCCCUACGAAUGUCAACUCUGCGGCGGGAAAUUUACCCAGCAACGAAACCUCAUCAGCCACUUGAGAAUGCAUACCUCUCCUACAUGA